ACAGGAGUUCAUCAAGAAGACUUCCAACAUUUCUUUCGUGUCCCAGUUAUACAACCUUAAUACGGGUUUCAUGUCAGCAGCAAUCCACGACUUAAACCGUACAGGAGCGAUGACUUCAGAUCCCAGCCUUGGUUUGAAAGUCCCUCCCUCAACACACACGUGUUUACUCUUGUGUGCACGGCGGGAGCAGGGUCCGUUGCGUCACCUUUCAGAUAGCGUGAGUAGUGUCGGUGUUCAGCUUGCAUCAGGUCUUUCUUCACAAAGCUGUCAGCGAGGACUUGCCACUGCUUGUUGAAUCAGCAGAAAUCAAUACCUUGACGUUGUUUUAGCAUUCCAGUGCGUAUAUGAACAGGUCCAUUGACGUGAGGGCUUACUUGGGGUGCACUGUGCAGACAAAGUGGGGGAGCACAAAAACAGCUGAUCGUGGCCAGUAGCGAUGCCCUCAUGAAGUGGUGGUGGUGGUGGAGGGCCCUGCCUUCCCUGCCCCGGGGGGUUGUCGCCCCCCCACAAGCUGUUAUUACAUGUAGCAGUUUCCUGUUCAGGAUGAGUUCCAGGGUAGCCUCCCUGUCCCCCGCUAAGGCUGCUGCAGCACGGGACCAGGAGCAGCGCAGGGAUGCCACCCCUGUCAAGAGGAAGCUGGAUUGUUUAGCAUCAGCCAGCUCUUCAAACCUUGGCCUGUCACUGCUCCCUGUGUCAAAACUCCUCAAGAAGAGCUUUAAUCUUAUUGCAUCUGAGGAUGCAGCUGUUGAGAAGUCAAGGAGUUGUCCCUUCGUGGUGUCCAUUGAGGGCAACAUUGGCAGCGGCAAAUCCACCUUCCUGAAGCACUUCUCGUCCAUGCCUGGGGUGGACACGCACCAGGAACCUAUUGACUUGUGGACCAACCUGGAUGGUUACAACCUGCUGGACAUGCUGUACAAAGAUCCCCAGCGCUGGAGCUUCCUCUUCCAGUCCUAUGUGCAGCUGACACGGCUUAACAUCCACCUGCAGCCCACCUCCUCCCACGUCAAGCUGAUAGAACGCUCCCUGCAGAACAACAGGUACUGUUUCUUGGAGAUUGGCCAGGACUGUGGACACCUGCAUAGGGCUGAGUACAGUGUUCUCUGCAAGUACUAUGAGCUGUUGGAGUCCAAGCUUGACAUCGGUGUUGAUCUCAUCGUGUACCUGAGGACCAGCCCAGAGGUGGUGUACACCAGGAUGCUGGAGAGAGGCCGCUCUGAAGAAGCUAGCAUCCCUCUGGACUACUUAAAAAAGGUGCACCACUACUAUGACAGGUGGCUGCUGCACAAGGAGCCACACCCUCCCCCUGCCCCAGUGUUGGUGAUUGAUGCUGAUCAGGCCCUGGAGGACAUCAAGAAGGAAUAUGAACUCCAGAAGUCAGUCAUCAUGGGGCAGAAAGCUGUGUAAUGUGAUCAGGCUUACCACAGUCACAUCUGUCAGUCAUUCUUGUCUAUUCAACACUUGGUAUAGUCCUCCUUGAAAGUCACUGUGGAAAUACUUACUAGACAAUCAUAUGUUUGUGGUGAGAGAGAUGCUGGUACUCAGUGCAGGAUGUUGCUGCUCCUCUCCCACUCAUCCAAAGCCAAAAAAAAUGCAGCCUUGUCAAUUUUCAAUACCAUGUGUGUGUGUGUGUGUGUGUGAGAGAGAGAGAGAGAGAGAGAGAGAGAGAGAGAGAGAGAGAGAGAGAGAGAGAGAGAGAGAGAGAGAGAGAGAGCAUGCAUGCACUAGCCACUGGUAUGAUGGCUGGGUGGGCUGUGACCUACCAAUACAAGGGUUGUAGUUCAUAUGUCUUAGUGUAUGCACGGGCUUAUGUAGGGAGAACUAUUUUCUUGAUAAAGUGUGUAUUGCAUGAAGGUCCUGGUUUUAGUUGUGGUAUCUUUAUCAUGGAAAUAUUCUGCUUGUAUUAAGUGAGUAGAUGUAAGUCAUUGUAAAUUAUAUAAUGACUAGAUAACACAAGCUAUCAAACCUUCAAACCUUUUCUCAUGAUUUUAUUUUCUGUAUCAAGGAAUGAUUAUCAAAGAUGUAUAUAUGUAUACAGGAAAGCUUGCUCGAGUGUCUUGAGGCAAGAACUCAAUAUUUGUAUCUAUAUAUUGUAAUUGUUAUGUAAAUAUUUUAUGUUGUUGAAAUGGCAAGCCUGAUGUUGGCUGUGUACUUGUCAUUCAUGGAGGUCUCAGUCCAGCCAGGCUAAGGGAUGGUGUCACGUCAGUGCUCACCAGCACUGGCUUGGCUGAUGGGGCCUGCAGCUGCCUGCCAAGACAGGGUUAUCACACCACCAGAUAAAUAGUAAAUUUUGUACUUCUUUUUUACUUUGAAAAUGCAUAAAUCUAAAUUAAA